UCUACGCACUCGGACUACCCAUCUGACUGAGAUCCCAACCCCAUUGCUCCUCGGUCUCUCCGCCCGCUAUCCUCUCUUCCAUAAACGCUCCCAACCCACCCGUCUAGGUUUUCAUUCUCGCCGCUGUUCGUGGCCACCACUUCACAGAAGAGUAAGCCAAUCACACCCUUUUAGAUUUGGUGGUAUCAUCAAAUCCUUUCAAAAAACCUACAAGAUCUUGAGGAUUGAACAACCUAGUAAUUGCUUAUAUUGAAAGAUGAACCCAUAUUUUGUUGGCAUCUUGGUUCCACUUAUAGCUUCAUUUGUAUUUCGAAGAUCAACUAGUGAAAAAAAGCGAGGGCUGCCAGUUGUUGUUGGUGGUGAGCCGGGAUAUGCAGUUCGCAACCACCGUUUCACAUCUCCAAUGGAGUCAUUUUGGGAAGGGGUCUCAACACUGGCUGAUCUUUUUGAGCAAUCAUGUAAACGAUUUCCGUACAAGCCUCUACUUGGAUCUCGGAAGCUUGUGGUACGAGAAAUGGAAGUGAACCAGGAUGGGAGAUCCUUUGAGAAACUUCAUCUUGGAAACUAUGAAUGGAUCAGUUAUGCUCAAGCUUUCAAAACUGUUUGCAGUUUUGCAUCUGGUAUGAUCCAACUCGGCCACAUAAAGAAUGAGCGCGUUGCAAUAUUUGCUGAUACACGAGCUGAAUGGUUUAUUUCCUUACAGGCUUGCUUUAGGCAGAAUAUUACAGUUGUUACUAUAUAUGCUUCACUGGGAGAGGAGGCUCUUUGCCACUCGUUAAAUGAGACAGAGGUCACAACAGUGAUUUGUGGAAAUAAGGAACUGAAAAAAUUGAUUGCUAUAAGUGGACAGCUUGACUCUCUAAAACGGGUCAUUUAUAUGGAUGAGGAUGCUAGUGAGGUUUCAUUGGCUAAGAAGAUUACCAGUUGGACCAUCACCUCAUUUAUUGAAGUAGAGACUAUGGGUAUGAAAAAGUCUAUUGAUGCCGAUCUACCCCUUUCUUCAGACAUUGCAGUGAUAAUGUAUACCAGCGGAAGUACUGGUCUACCAAAGGGCGUGAUGAUGACCCAUGGUAACCUUCUAGCAACAGUUUCGGCUGUUAUGACUAUUGUCCCAAAUCUUGGCACGAAAGAUAUUUACAUGGCAUACCUUCCACUGGCCCAUAUUCUUGAGUUGGCUGCUGAGAAUGUUAUGGUUGCUGGAGGAAGUUCUAUUGGCUAUGGGUCACCUUUGACUCUAACAGACACUUCUAACAAAAUAAAGAAAGGAACAAAAGGAGAUGCUUCAGAGUUGAGACCUACACUAAUGACUGCGGUGCCUGCCAUCCUUGAUCGUGUCCGUGAUGGAGUACGGAAAAAGGUAGAUACUACAGGAGGGUUAUCCAAGAAACUUUUUGAUUUGGCAUAUGGUCGUAGGUUGGCAGCCAUUAAUGGCAGUUGGAUGGGUGCAUGGGGUUUUGAGAAGGUUGCAUGGGAUCUUCUUGUCUUCAAAAAGGUUCGAUCUGUAUUAGGAGGUCGCAUACGCUUCCUUCUCUCUGGUGGGGCUCCUUUAUCUGGUGAUACUCAAAGAUUUAUUAACAUAUGUCUCGGGUCACCGAUAGGGCAAGGGUAUGGUCUGACUGAAACUUGUGCCGGUGGAACAUUUUCAGAAUAUGAUGACACGUCUGUUGGGCGUGUUGGUGCUCCACUACCAUGUUCAUAUGUGAAGUUAAUUGACUGGACCGAAGGUGGAUAUCUAAUCACAGAUUCACCGAUGCCUAGAGGGGAGAUUGUUAUUGGGGGUCCAAAUGUUACUCCUGGGUAUUUCAAGAAUGAGGAGAAAACAAAUGAAGUUUACAAGGUUGAUGAGAGAGGUAUCCGAUGGUUUUACACUGGUGACAUUGGAAGGUUCCAUCUGGAUGGUUGUCUAGAGAUCAUUGAUCGUAAAAAGGACAUAGUGAAACUUCAGCAUGGUGAAUAUGUCUCUCUUGGAAAGGUUGAGGCAGCUUUGAUUCAAAGCCCCUAUGUGGAUAACAUCAUGGUGUAUGCUGAUCCUUUUCAUGCGUAUUGUGUUGCACUAGUUGUUGCCGCACAACAGGGUUUGGAACAAUGGGCUUCGAAAGAAGGAAUUAGUUACAGUGAUCUUGUGGAAUUGUGCCAAAAGGAGGAAACAGUGAAACAAGUGCAAGAAUCAUUAUUUAAGGCGGCCAAACAAGCACGAUUGGAGAAAUUUGAGAUCCCAGCUAAGAUCAAGUUGAUUUCUGAACCAUGGACUCCUGAGUCCGGUCUUGUCACUGCUGCACUAAAACUCAAGAGAGAAGUUUUAAGGAAAACAUAUGCUGAUGACCUUGCAAAGUUAUAUGCUUGAAUCUGAAUUAUUUUUGCUUCUUUAGUUCUAUUAAGACACAAUGAGCUUGAGCAUGUUCAGAGUGGUUUCCCCACACAAAUUGUGAUCAUUAGAUAAACUAGCUGAUGAAUUCAUAAGCUGGAUGAAGAUUAAUGAAUUGACUGCCUUUUCCUUGUU